GCAAAGGCUGAAGUUAAAUCGGACGCCUCUGGGAAGUCCUCAUAUGAACAUCCCUUGGACAACCAAAGUGGCUUGGGCGAGACAAAUGAUGGGGAGACCUCUCCACAAAGCCAAGUUGGUAUCCAACAGGCUUCCGUAGAGGACCGAUUAACUACACUGUUUCGCUUGAUCCUACCUAUUGCACCCUCAACCAAAACGGGCCGCUAUCCGAAGGAAGCUAAAGUAGGUCCCACUUCUAUAUUUUUUACAAUUGAUAGCUUUGGGACCUGGCUAUUUAUCUUUACAAAUUUUAUCUGUUCCUUACUAAAUUAA